CUUUCCUUUUUAUUUUUUUAUCGCUAAAGAAAAUAGAAAAAGGGAAGGGUAAUAAGCGGAUUAGGGCUUUCGAGAGAUCGAGAGAGAUAGAAAGAGAUGGAUUGUGGUAUAUCCGGCGAAGGCGUGAAAUCUUUGGAAUUGAGCGGUAUGGAAUCGAGAGAAGAGAGAUCGGAAACAAAGAAGAAGAAGAGGCGCAGGUUAUGGAUCAACGGCAUGAGAGUUUCAGACAGGAAUCCCAGAAAUGUAUAUCCCGUCACUGGUCAUUUCUCAGAGGGAGGUUUCAUGUACGAUUAUUCCCGAGGUUCCGGCAGAGAAUUUCCCGGCGAGGUCAAACGUUUUGCCGACCUAGCAAUUGCUUCCUACAAUGAAAGCAACCCCAUGAAAUACAGUGUGGUUGAAAUUAUCAGGGCAUCCAAAAUGCUCUGUGCCGGUUUUUUCUACCGUAUUAAGUUUACUGCUAAGCUUCCCGAUCAAAACGACGCCGACGCGCUGACGUUCAGAGCACGUAUUUACGACGGGAUCACGCGUGUUAAAGUUAAAUCUAUUCGUGUUGUCGGUGCUCCUGCAACCGCACCCAUUACCGGUGCACCUGCAGUUUCACCUGAUUGCUGCUAGGCGAUUUCUAUGCGUUCGGAAUAUAAAGUAGCGUUGAUUUGAACGUGACUGGUUUUGCCGAAGUAAAUAUCAUUUUACGGUUUAGUUUCCUGAACGAGUUCGUGUUUAAACAUUUGGUAAAUAUAUGCAAAUUAGUUUGAGAAUUUGCCAAGAGAUGUUUUAAUUUCUUUAACACAAAACUGCAAGAACGUGUACAUAAUUCAGAUACUACAUUGCAAUUAAUUGAGAUUUGAAACUAUAGCUA